AUCCCCUGUAAGUUAGACCGCCGCCAUUGAAAUGUGCUGUAAACAAAGUUAGUUCGCUUGUCUGUCAACUUGCUUGAAUUUAGUGGAAAGAAAACUUUGAAAUAUUAAUAAAAUGGCAGCAAUCGGACCUAAGAAGGACGGUUCACCCAACAUUGAAUUUUACCAAACGCCAGAAUGUCUCCAAGGCUUGGAAACGAUCCGAUUGUGGUUGCAGAAAAAUUGCAAGAAGUGGAUUACAGAGACGAUUACCAAAGAAUCGCUGUCCCAGCUACUUAUCCAAUUUAUGCAAUAUCACGAGAAUAAGCUUGGGAAAACGGCUAUAGAGCCUCCAAUCACUAAGAUACCGAUGAAAUGCUUUCUAGAUUUUAAACCAGGUGGUGGACUUUGUGUGUUAUUCGCGACAAUGUUUCGCUUUCAACGAGGCAAAAAAUUUGAUUUUAGCGUCAAGAAUCCUCCAAGAAAGGAUCCCUACAAUCAGCUUUUGAUUGAAAUUGAAACUGCAUUAAUUGAAGCCGAUUGUUUCCGGCUGCCAUUUGUUUACAUUCGACCUGAAGUUGACAAACAAUUGGCUGCUCGUAUCAAAGAAAUCAUGGCUAGUCGUCGGGUGGAAGUAGUGCUUGAUGAGGAGGAAGCAACACAUGUGAUUUACCCAAUAAUCGAUCCGUAUCCCGACGAGUACGCCAGGCCAGCUUUCAAACGUGGCCAACAUGUAAUGAUGCACUGGUAUUACUAUCCUGACUCAUAUGACAGUUGGACAUUGAAUAUUUUCGAUUUGCCGGAAACCGUUCCUGAUAGUCCUGCACCUCCAGCUGAGCGCUGGCGUAUUUCUUCCUCGUGGGCUUUAGAUAUGGAGCAAUUCAACGAGUGGAUGACCGAAGAGGACUAUGAAGUCGACGAACAAGGCAAAAAGAAAAUGCACAAAAUGCGGUUGUCCGCUGAUGAUCUUAUCGCAAACGGAGACGAAAAGAAACGAGUUGGUAAUAAACAGAAGAGACGGCGGUCGCCAUCCCCUGUGCUGAAAUUGGGAAAGCGUAAACGUUCGCCAGCAGUUUUUCAAAAGAAAUCUCGUAGUGGUGAAGGUGACGACGAGGAAGAUCUGACACGGGAUAUGGAGGACCCCCCAUCUGAGCCCAACAUUACUGAAGUGACGAAACUCACAACGGGGCAGUCUACGGCGAGUCCGGCCCCAGCAACAAACUCCAAGCAUCGCGACAACGAAUUGAUGCCGUUGAAAGGUGGCACCGUAACUGAUCUCGAUGAAGACAUGGAGCGUACAGCUGAAGACUCGCAAACUGGGAAAACGAGCGAUAACAGUAACACUCAAGAAUUCCAACCAAAGGAGGAUAUGGAAGAUAAUGUAACCGAACAAACUCAUCACAUUGUUGUUCCAUCAUAUUCCGCUUGGUUUGAUUAUAAUUCCAUUCAUGUUAUUGAAAAACGGGCUAUGCCGGAGUUUUUCAAUGGCAAAAAUAAAUCGAAAACGCCCGAAAUAUAUAUGGCAUAUCGAAAUUUCAUGAUCGAUACAUACCGUCUUAAUCCGACUGAGUAUUUAACAAGCACUGCUUGUCGUAGAAAUUUGGCGGGUGAUGUCUGUGCUAUUAUGCGGGUGCAUGCAUUCCUGGAACAGUGGGGUUUGAUCAAUUAUCAAAUUGACGCCGAUUUGCGACCUACUCCAAUGGGCCCUCCACCAACCUCUCAUUUCCAUAUUCUAAGCGACACACCGUCGGGUCUUCAGCCAGUUAAUCCACAGAAAACACCUCAACCAUCGGCUGCUAAAUCGCUCAUAGAUCUUGAUAAGAAACCAAAGGAGGGUGAGGCGGCUUCCGCCGGUUCCGUUCCAGGUGCUAUAAAGGUUGAGGGAGGCACAGAAUCAACGCCUGGGCAGCAGUUCGGAUUGAAACUUGAUCAAUAUGCAAAGAAGCCAUCCGCUAUGAAAAAUAAAACUGCUGCAAAUAUGGUGAGAGAAUGGACAGAUCAGGAAACGUUACUGUUACUGGAAGGUUUAGAGAUGUAUAAGGAUGAUUGGAACAAAGUCUGCGAACAUGUUGGUACUCGAACACAGGAUGAAUGUAUAUUGCAUUUCCUUCGACUCCCAAUUGAAGAUCCAUAUUUGGAGGAUGACGGUGGAUUUUUGGGACCGCUUGCUUACCAACCGAUUCCUUUCAGUAAAUCUGGCAAUCCUAUUAUGUCGACUGUUGCAUUUUUGGCGUCGGUUGUAGAUCCACGCGUUGCAGCUGCAGCAGCAAAGGCGGCAAUGGAAGAAUUUGCAGCGAUUAAGGAUGAGGUGCCAUCAUCAAUAAUGGACGCUCACUUCAAGAAUGUGGAGAAAUCUGGCUUUGGAGGAAAAUUCGACCCAUACGCUGGUCUGGCGAAUAGCGGAAUUGCAGGAACAGGUCCGGAUAAAGACGAAGAUGACAGUUCUAAAACAAAUGCAAAUCAAGAUGAAGAAAUGAAAGAUAUUAGUAAAAAAGAUGCUGUUGAUAAAGAAAAACCCGACUCACAAAGUAAUGAAAAUAAAAAGAAAGACACUCCUCUUUCUUCAACAGACAAAACAUCUCCGGAUGUUAAGUCAGAAAAAACUGGUGACGAUAAGGAUGUCAAAACGGAAGAGUCAUCCACUGAAAGUUCACAGUCAAUUGCGGCUAGUACGGAGGCUACGAAUGGUUCCAAGGAAAAUGGUGAAUCAGCACGCAAAGUAUUCAAUGAGGCGAAUCUGCAAACCGCUGCGGCUGCGGCUCUAGCCUCAGCUGCAGUAAAAGCAAAACAUUUAGCUGCACUUGAGGAACGUAAAAUCAAGUCGUUGGUUGCACUGCUUGUUGAAACACAAAUGAAGAAACUUGAAAUCAAAUUACGCCAUUUUGAGGAGCUCGAGACUACAAUGGAAAAAGAAAGAGAGGGACUUGAGUAUCAACGGCAGCAACUGAUUACGGAACGACAGCAAUUCCAUUUGGAGCAGCUGAAAGCCGCAGAAUUCAGAGCACGGCAACAAGCUCACCAUCGGUUGCAGCAAGAACAACAAGGACAAUGGCAGGGAGCACCCACUGCUGGUGCCCCCAGCGCUCCUGGCUCUGCACCAGCUCCUAGUGCAACAGCUCCAUCACAAAUCUCUAACACUCCGAUUGCAGAAUCAACACAAAUGUCGAACGCUUCUGAUGCUUCGAACCAACCACAGAUUGGCCAACAACCAGUCUCAGCGCCACCGACUGCAAGUCAGCCCAGCAACCAAGCACCGAUGACAACCUGAGAGAACUGAAAUGUUUGCUCGAAUUUCAACAGUUGAAGUAAUUCGACUUCUUUUCCACUCAAAUGCUAUAAAAAGCGUAGAUCACUUCAAGUAUUUUUACUUUUGAUUAGUAUUUAUAAGUUACUACAAAUAUGAAAACUUAAGAUUUUAAGUUAGGUUUCGUCAUGUUAUUGUCCAUGUAAUAUUGAUCGAUUGGUAGUUGUAAAAAAUAUUUGUCUGGUAAAUUCCUAAGUUUUGAAAAGUACAUGAGCACAUAAAUGAAAUAUAUAAUAAAAUAUGUAAUUAAUCAAA